AGGCAUUCAAGCAGGAGACAACCUAAAUCAUAUUUUCCUCAGAAAGAGAAAAUGAGAGCGAGAGUGCAGCAUUAUCCACAGUUCAAAGCCUCUGGGUAGGUGGGCAUUUUAUCAAGUUUUUAAAUCCAGGGCACUUCAGCACUGCUGGUAGGCACUUUACACUACAAACAGUCUUCAACUUCAAGCUCGUAGUUGUAAUAAACCCAGUUUCUUCUUUGAGCAAUGAAGAUGUUGACUGACACUCAGAUGUCAUACGUCAGUGCUGAAGUAUUGUGAAAGGGUUUUUCCAAACUUCCCAUUUUUUACAUCAUGCUCUUAUCCAGACUGACUCACAAUAGGAAAGAAGACAGAUGUUUUUGCUCUCAGAGAGACAGCUGCCGAUGAACACGCACUGACUCCUGUGGAAAUCUGACCCUGAUACAGUCUUUACCGUCUUAAAAAGAUCCAUUAACUCUUUUCAGCCACUGGAACACAAACACACAAGAGAAUGAAGCUACAUUUAGUUUUGCAUUUUAGCAUCAGGAAAGGUCGAUUAUGGUCUUGCUAAUUUUAUUUGCAAAUAGUUAGGGCUCGUUCUGAGUGAAGACAGAUGAGGUGAUCGAGAGCAACAUCUCAGAUGAACUUAAACAUUUUGUCUGAGAAAUCACAGUCUCAGAGAUACAAUUAUCAUCUGCUCCAACUAAGUGGUUACUUUUUGGCUUUUUUUUGUACUUCCCCAAAUCACAAAAGCAGAAGAAAAUCCGCCCUAGAGUGGUAUCCGAAGUGUCGGUUUGGACCUUAAUUUUAUUUAUGAGCAAUAAAUAGGGAACAUUUCUCUAAAAAAGUGGAAAUAAAGAGUAAAAACUUCAGUCUUCUGAUGUUCUCAGGCGACACUUUCUCCACCUGCCACGAACAGAUGAUGUCAAAGACCUCCUGCCAUACCAGGUAUUGGAAAAGAAAUGGAAGAAGGUAGACACACAACUCCAUCAGUUCUCUCCCAUCCUCACUCCAAACUGCAUGACUUAGAGACAUCAACUCUGCCUGGCUGCUCUGAAUUCAACUGUUCAUCUUAACGGACCUGAGCUGGGAUGCCUGAGUCUCCUCUCAGUCCCACGGCAGCCCGUCAAACCCCAGCCAGCAGCCUCCUCAGUCACACAGACAACGGUGCAGGAGAGAGAGUAGCUAAUGGGGACUCCUGCAGUGGAGUGAGUGGUGAAAGCUGGCAGAGUCUCCACAAUAAACAGGUGUUCCUGGCUAUGAUGGCUCCUCAGCAGAUGCAGCCGCUUCUGUCCCCCAACCAGCUGCAGGCUCUGAUCCACCAGAAGCAACAAGCCCUUCUGCUCCAGCAGCAGCAUCUCAAAGAAUUUUACAAGAAACAACAACAACAGAUUCACCUGCAGCUGCUUCAGCAGCAGCCCAGCAAGACAGUCAAAGAACUCCCUGCACAGCAGCUCGUGUUCCAGCAGCUCCUGCAGCUCCAGCAGCAGCAGCAGCAGCUCCUCCGGGUGCAGAGACCAGUCCUGGCUUCUCCUGCUCUCUCUCCAGCUGGUUUCAGCCCUGCAGAGAUGCAGCAGAUAUGGAAAGAGCUCACAAGCGGAAUAACUGAAGAUAAAACCACACUGAGGGGCAAUCAGGACUCUUCGGCUAACAACAUAAUGUCAACAAAAGUCACAGGGAGACAGACGGGUGACCAGCAGUCGUCUUCUCCUCAUAGGGCAGAAAGUGCUGUUAAAGCUGAUCACGCUGCCACACACACUCUCUACAGUCACGGUGUGUGUAAUUGGCCCGGAUGCGAGUCGGUGUGUGAGAACUUCAGCCAGUUCAUUAAGCACAUGAGCAGUGAGCACACUCUGGAUGACAGAAGUACAGCGCAGUGCAGAGUCCAGAUGCAGGUGGUUCAGCAACUUGAGCUUCAGCUCUGCAAAGAACGGGAGCGUCUGCGAGCGAUGAUGGCUCACCUGCACCUGCCAUCUUUAGAAGCUCGGUCGAUCUCUGCACGCGCGAGUCUGCAGUCGCCACAAUCUGAUACGGCUGCUGACCCAUGCAGUCUACAGCUCAGCUCAGUCGCCGUCACCAGCAGCCUGCCCUCGCUGAGCCCUUCACACUCGGCCCAGGUGUCCCCCCAACCUCUGGCCCCUGUCAGCUCUCCAUCCCAGGGGUGUGAAGAAGAGUCGUCCACUCAUACAUCAUGUGCUGGGGCCAUAAGACGUCAUCAUCACCCUUUGGUCUACUCGCUGUCUUCAGAAAAUGAAUAUGAGCUCUACAAGAACACCGAUAUCAGACCACCUUUCACCUAUGCAACGCUGAUAAGACAGGCUAUUAUGGAAACAUCAGACAUGCAACUAACACUCAACGAGAUAUACAACUGGUUCACACGGACGUUUGCUUAUUUCAGACGCAAUGCUGCCACUUGGAAGAAUGCAGUGCGCCACAACCUGAGCCUGCACAAGUGUUUUGUGCGUGUGGAGAAUGUGAAAGGAGCGGUGUGGACAGUGGAUGAGGUGGAAUACCAGAGCAGGAGGUCCCAGAAGAUCACAGGGAGUCCGUCGCUGAUGAAAAAUGUGUCCUCCAAUCUUGAUUUUGGGACCGUUCGGAAUGCCAGCUUACAGACGGCACUGGCUGAGGCAUCACUGCCAGGAUUCAAGAAGGAGUGUGUCAGCAGCAAGUCCAGGAGUCAAAUACAGGAGAAUAAAGCAACAAACAGCCACAGUAAACAAAACCCCUCUCCACGAGUCCAGCAGUCUCUUUUCCUUAAAGACGAAGCGCUGAGUCUGAAUGACCAAGAAUCUCUGAUGCCAACAAUGAAACCAGCCAGUCUGCAGCAUGACAUGACUGAAAAUGACGAAGAGCAUCUGUUUGACCUUGAAUGACAAAAGAAGGGUUUCAGACGGAAAGCAGUUGCAAAGCAGCAUAGUGAGCAUUCGUUGAACAUUCAGGGAUGUAGACCACAGUUUACAUAUUAUACCAUCUUAACAUGUAAAUCUUCAGUGUGUAGUGCCAGGCGUCGUUUGAUCAAAUACACACCAGAAUGGAGCUAUUCAGAGUUGUGGUUCAUUAUAUGGUUCAUAUAUUCAUAUGUUCUGAUUUAGUUGUCUGUGGAGUACGUGUCUGCAGCAGUCGACUUUUUCUGUUGACAUUUCAGCCUUAAAGAAAAGGAAGUGGAAUAUAGUGCCACCUGUGGUUUUUGUGUCGGCCUAUCACUUGAUUAUUCUUUUUUGAUCAGCUAGAGAUUUAAGAAAAUAUUUAAAAUAAUGGGUUAAGGAUAUGAUAAAAGGACUAAAAGGUAUUACAGUUAAAAAUGAGAUUCAAAAUGAUCUCAUUAUAAUUAUUGUCUUUUUUUUCAAUUAAAAGUGCAUCAUGACAAGCAUCAAAGUAAAAAAACAUACAUGAGAAUGUACACAGUCAAAAAUAGAGUUGGGAUCUGAUAGUUUGGGGGACAUUAUGUCCUUUUUGCCAUGAACAAAUCCUUUCAUGUAAAUGAUACAUUCCAAAGGCCAAAGUAGGUGAUUUACAUCAACGUUUGUUAUUAUGUAAUGAGUGUAAUAUGUAGAGAAAGAACGUUGAUUGUGAUAGUUCAAAGAAUUAACACAGGGUGAAUGUGAAUGUUAAAGUGCAGCAAAGACAGAGAUGUUUUGUGGUGAUGAAAUAUCUGAAAACAUGUAUAGUUUGUGCUGUGGCUUCUCUCUGUUGUCUUUGUACAUUAAAAGAAAUCUUGUAAGAUGCACAUCAACCUGCUGAAAUGUGUUUUAUCAAUGUUCAUUUGUUUUCAAAAGUCACUAUGUGUGUUUUCCUGUUUCCCUGUGUAACUUAUGUAUUUAAUACAGAGCUGUGUUUCCACUGAAAUAAAGAUUGUUCCAAACAUUCCACUUUUAUAACUAACAUUUUGAGUCUUUACAAUAGAUGUUGGGUAAAUACAACUCUCUGUAUUUAUAAAAAUGUGUUUGUCUGUAAUUGUAUGUCCAACAUGAAUGAUGUAAUAAAGAUAUGUAAUAUA